CUUGAAUCGGGUCACAAGUCUGAGGCAACUUUUUGAAAUCACACAUGGUUGUCACAAUGGCAUCACCUGGCGACUUCUCGAAUUUUAACAUUUCUGAAAUAAUUAUUAAAAAGCUCCACGCCCGAAGUAUUUCUGAACUAUUUCCUGUACAGUUUAAAACAUACGACGCCAUAUCGUCGGGUAAAGAUGCGGUUGUGUUGGCAAGAACCGGCACGGGGAAAACUUUGGCAUUCUCUUUACCAUUAGUUAAUUUGCUCAUAGAAAAACAAGGGUCUCUUCCGCGCAGCCCUGUGGUUCUUGUACUAGCUCCAACUAGAGAACUAGUGGCUCAAAUAGCCACUGAUUUCGAGUCGAUCUGUACAGAACGCAUUAAAGUAACUUCAGUAUACGGAGGGGUCCCUUAUAAACAACAGCGUGACGCUUUUCGUUUUGGUACUCAAAUUGUAAUUGGUACUCCUGGCCGAAUGAUUGACCUUUUGGAUAAAAACAUUUUGAAUUUAUCUAGCAUUCAGCACGUAGUCCUCGAUGAAGUGGAUCGUAUGUUAGACAUGGGGUUCUCCAAAGACGUUGAAAGAAUCUUGUCAGAGAUUUAUAACAACGAAGCCUCUGAAAAACCUCAGACUCUUCUCUUUUCAGCUACAAUGCCUUCAUGGGUUUCGGACAUAUCAAAAAAUUAUCUUUCAGAUGAUGCCUUACACUUAUCCUUAAUAGAUGAACAAGAAACAAAGACUUCCACUAAUGUCACGCAUCUAGCCCUUCUCUGUCCUCAUGAAUCACGUGCAUCUACAUUAUCAGAUGUAAUAAAAGUUUAUUGCAAAAACCGAAAUUCAAGGUGCAUUGUGUUUUGUGAACGCAAGAAGGAUGCAGACGAAUUGGCAGCUAACGAUGCUAUGUCGACAGAUUGUCAUGUUCUUCAUGGAGAUGUUCCGCAAGACAAACGCGAGUUAGUUCUUCAAAAAUUUCGUGAUGGUAAAUACAGAACGCUCCUGACGACUAACGUCGCUGCUCGUGGCCUUGAUGUACCAAAUGUAGAUUUGGUUAUACAGUGCCAUCCUCCACGGGAUAUUGAAGAUUAUAUCCACCGUUCAGGUCGAACUGGUCGAGCUGAUCGGAGUGGUACUUCCAUCUGUUUUUAUUCUUACAGGGAACGUAGUAUGCUUUCCAGGAUUGAAAAUAUGGCGGGUAUAACUUUUCGCCGCAUAUCUGCACCUACCAUUAAUGACAUUACUACUUCUUGGGGUGAAGAAAUUUCGAAAACAUUCUCCAAUGUAUCUAAACCUACUUGGUCGACAUUUGUACCCUUGGCUUUAUCAAUCGCCGACCAGCUUGCACAAAAUUCGAAAACCAGGAAAAUGAAAAAUCAUUCUUGUGACGAUUUAGGGCUUAAUGAUGAUAAAACGCUUGCUCGUAAGCCUAAAUCUAAAGAUCUACUCCGUGCUCUUUGCUGUGCGCUAGCUUGUCUCAGUGGCAAAGAAGGUGCAGUUGAAAGUCGCUCAGCACUCACAGCUGAGGUAGGUAAGACGGCCUAUAAGCUUGAGUUGGGUUUUGUUGCACGAAGCAAGGGAUUGGCUUUCGCAACUUUGCGAAAGCACUUGCCAGAAAACAUUGUAAAUGGCAUUUGCAGUCUAAGUUUCAUUCGUGGUAAAAUGGGAUAUGUGUUCGAUCUACCUUCAGAGCAUGAUGAAUUGAUAAAGUCAACAUGGACAGAUGAUACACAAGCCAAACUUUCAAUACUUUCUGAAAUUCCGGAAUUAGAAGAGGAAGAGUCUUUCAAUCGUUUCGGUAAUUAUGGAUCCUGGCAAAAUAGAUCUAACGGCAUUUCAAGACAGCCAUUUAAACGUUCUUAUAAUAAUGGUACUUUCAAUAGUUCAUUUAGAAACUCAAAGUCCUUUAAAUUUGAUAACAGUUAAAUAAACUCUUGUUGUGAAUUUUGAUCUUUGUGAUAUCCUAUAUAUAUUUGUGUGGAUCAA